UGUCCAUUGCCUUGAAGGCAACAUACAGUCCAGCACUGGCCGGGAGCGGGCCCAGAGACAGUACAGCCGGGAAGGGGCUUGCCUUGCGCCCGGACACACAGAACCCCGCUGGGCGACAGCAGGAGUGAGUCCCUGAGCCCAGAGGCAGGAGGAAGCCCAGAGCUAAGCACAGAGCUGGAAGUAAACCCUGAGGCUUUGGCCCACUGCCCCCUCCCCAAAAGAUGGGACCAGGGAACACACGCCCACAACUCUCCAGAAUCCUGGGCUGUGACUCGCCCACCCGUCUGCGCUCACAGGGCAGCAGCGGACUGGCUCUGGGUCCGGGCUGCAGACACUGACGCUUGGAGCAGACAGCAGGACCCCUGCAAGUCAGGGGCCUCGGGUUUCUUAAUAAGUCACUUUCGAAGGAAGUGCGGGCGGGAGCUCUGAGCGGCCUGAAAGGCACGUCAAGGAGCUGGGCGGUUCCCCUCCUCGGGGCUGCGGGCAGAACCUUUGGUCAGUGCCUGGGGUCCAGCUCACAGCUCUCCACCGCCGCGAGAGGACCAGAUGCUGCUGCGCGCCCCGACCCUCGCCCGGCGCCUUCUGCGCUCCCGCGGCUGCGCCUCUGGCCCCGCAGCUGCCGCCCCGGAGAUCCAGGUGCGCGCCCUGGAGGGUCCCCACCAAGGAAUCACUGAGAUCCUAAUGGACAGACCUCGAGCCCGAAACGCCCUGGGGAACGUCUUUGUGAACCAGAUGUUCGAAGCUCUGGCCCAGCUGCGGGGGGAUCGGCAGGUGCGGGUCCUGCUCUUCAGAAGUGCAGUGAAAGGCGUGUUCUGUGCAGGUGCUGACCUGAAGGAGCGGGAGCAGAUGAGCGAAGCGGCAGUGGGCGCCUUUGUACAGCGACUCCGAGGCCUGAUGAGUGAGAUUGCGGCCUUCCCCGCACCCACCAUCGCUGCCAUGGACGGCUAUGCCUUGGGAGGAGGCUUGGAACUCGCCCUGGCGUGUGACCUCCGAGUGGCAGCUUCUUCGGCUGUCAUGGGACUGAUUGAAACCACCCGAGGUCUCCUCCCAGGAGCAGGGGGAACGCAGAGGCUGCCCCGGUGCCUGGGGGUGGCCCUGGCCAAGGAGCUCAUCUUCACCGGCCGGCGGCUGACAGGAACCCAGGCUCAAGCCCUGGGGCUGGUGAACCACGCGGUGGCCCAGAAUGAAGAGGGCACCGCUGCCUACCUGCGGGCACGGGAACUGGCCCAGGAGAUCCUGCCUCAGGCUCCCAUUGCUGUCAGGCUGAGCAAGGUCGCCAUUGACCAAGGCAUGGAGAGCAAGUGGCUGUGCCAUCUGGGUCUCAGACCUCCACCUCCCGAAGGCUGCAAAGUCCAGAAAAACGUGCGUAGGAGCAAAAGCACGAAUGCACAGAAGCAACCUGGCUCCGAGGAGAAAAGGGGUGGACAUUGCCUCCGGGAUGGCCAUCGAAGGACUAUGCUACGUCCAGAACAUCCCUAGCCGGGACCGGCUGGAGGGCAUGGCCGCCUUCAGGGAGAAGCGGUCCCCCAAGUUCGUUGGAGAGUGAUUCACACUCAACCCCCAGCAUGGGAGCCACGGCUGUUAUGGACUCGGGGACCCAGGGAACUCAGCUAUUACGAUCACUUCACCUGUGGGCCCCCGUUUCCAUACCAAUGUGAGACGCUGGCUACCAGACCCUCGGGCUCCCUGCCUUCGCUGGGCUGGCUCUAGGGACAGCGGCUCUCUCCAAAUGAACUCAGCUGAAGUCAGGGUGACAGUCACCCGCCCUGGGCUGGCCGUGACAUUGUUGUUUCUCAGCCUGAACUCUGCCCUUUGACUACCAGAGCUCACCCGAGAUGGCGGGGGUUGUAAGAACACUUGACCUCAUAGCUGCACCCCCUUGAAUGCCCCAGUAGAUAAAAAAAAGGAAAGCCUGGUAGUAGCUGGACAGGCAUCAGGAAUCAGACUGAACCCCAGAUCGCUGAAUGCCCCAGCUUCCUUACCCGCAAACUGAAACUGCUGUAAGAAUUUCAAAAAUAAAACACCUCA